UGAGCCUAGUGGGAAAGCGCAGCGGGCUCGGGCCUGCGUGCACUGGGUUGGCCUUAGUGUGCGCGCUCCGCCCAGCGUAUGGGGUUUCUCUCUCUCUCUCUCGGAUCGUUUCCUCACUGGAAAGGUGUAAACAUUAAACACAGCGGUUCACACAACCACCACGGCGGUUGAUGCUAUAAGCACAGUAGACAGCUAUGGGAAACAUAAAGGGAUUGCAACAGUUUAUUUCUGACUUACGAUCAAAGUCUUCGAAGGAGGACCAACGGAAAAGGAUCAACCUGGAGAUUGUAAACGUUCAAAAACAGUUCAACAGCUCCAAUGGGAUAUCCGGAUACCAGAGAAAGAAGUACAUUCUCAAGCUGAUUUACAUUUAUCUGACCUCCAGUUGCAACAGCUCGCUAUUUGAUGUGAGCUCGACGGCGCAGUCACAGGUUGAGAAGCUUCUGAGCUCGAAGGUGUACUCUGAGAAGUCCGUCGGCUACUUAACCAUCUCUCUGUUGAAUCUGCAACAGGAGAAGGACAUAAUUGCUAGAUGUGUACAGCAGGACCUACAGAGCCAUGACCAGGAGUCGAACGUACUAGCAUUGAACUACAUUGGGAAUUGUACAGAUGAGUCUCAUCUCCCGCUGGUUGAGGACGUUUUCCAAAUCCUUAGAUCGGCAACUUCACCGCCAUUGUUGAAGAAGAAAUCUGCGCUGACGAUGUUCAAACUGUGCCAGUUGGACCCAACAAUCCUGUCCAAUCACAAGCCUUGGAUCCCAAGGAUUUUGGCGCUGGCAGAUGAGCCUGAUUUGGGGUUGUCUCUUGCACUAUUGCCUUUGAUAGAUACAAUAACGCAUUACGAUUUGGAGCAGGUUCAACAGCUGAUCCCAACAUUCGCAACAAAGUUGAACUUACUCGUGUGCGAAUCGCAUAAAGUUUCAAAGAGAUAUAUCUUUAACGGAAUCGCUUCACCUUGGCUGAUCGUCAAACUGACAAAGUUGUUGAACAAGAUCUUGCCCAAUUACAACAUUGACGUCCAUUCUUUAAGAAUACUGAGAGAAUGCGUCUCGACGACAAUUCAUCAAUUAGGCGCGUUUAGCUCAACGCAUCGUGAUGCACAGGAGAGAAUCACUGCUAAUUGUGUAUUGUUUGCCAUCAUUGCAUUGGCAAUUCAACUGGACCCUUCAAAGGAAGCUGUUAAGUCUUCGUUUGAUACUAUUAUAACGUUGUUGAAUUCACGAGAUUUGAACACUAGAUAUUUGGCUUUGAAUUCUUUGAUUUCACUAUCAUCAUUGAAUAACUUACAAUCCUCACAGAAAUACUUACCAAAAUUGUUUGAGAUAUUACAAUCCCAUCAGGAUAUCUCAAUCCGUAAGAAGACACUGGAAUUGAUUUAUGCAUUAACAGAUUCUGCAAAUUUGGAAUUUGUCACAGUUCAACUCUUCAAAGUUUCAAACUCUUUGGACACUGUGUUAAAACAAGAAGCUGCAAACAAGAUAUCAAUCCUUGCCGAGAGAUUUGCUACAGAUUCUAAAUGGUUUAUCAACACCAUGUUUAGACUGCUAUCAACCAAUGGGGUGAAUUUUAAUGAAUCUAUAUGGCAAAGAACUGUACAGAUCAUCAUCAACAACGAAGAGUUGCACGUUUAUGCAACGAAUGUCAUUGUCAAGGAGUACAUUGGCAACAAAUCCCAAGCGUUUUCAGAGACACUGAUAAAAAUUGCAUGUAUCAUAUUAGCAGAAUAUGGCUAUAAGAUAACAGCUACGAUUUCACAGGAUUACCAAUUUGAUCUUUUGGCCAAGUUAUAUUUUUACGUUUCCAACCAUACAAGGGGUAUGUUGUUGUUAUCCUUACUCAAACUUUACAAGAUUGAUAUUGCUAAUAAGCGGAUAAAAUCCAAGUUAAUCAAGGUGUUAAGUAUGGAGGUCAAUUCGAUAAACUCAGAACUGCAACAACGUGCUUUUGAAUUUUUGAAUUUGAUCCAACAAUUAGGCAACCCACAAGGACAACUAUUAUUUGACAUGCUGUUAGACGAAAUGCCAGCUUUCACUACAGGUGAAAACCCAUUAUUGCAAAGAUUUGGUGCCCCGGGUCAAUUGCCAAAAUCAAGGAACCUCACUCAACAGACACUGCUGCCACAUCAGCAACAACAACAACCAGAGCAGAAGAAAGAAAUACCACUGACUCCAAAUUGGCAACAGGGUUAUUAUAGACUAUUUGAGUACCAACAAGGUGUUUUCUUCGAGAACUCACUUGUAAAGAUCAUACUGAGGAUCAAACCUCAAGGUCAAGAUAGAUCUACAUGCCUAUAUCACUUCUCUAUUCUGAACAAGUCAUCACAAACGUCUUUAAACUUAUUCUUGAUGAGCAUUGUGGACUAUCAAACCGUCGACCCACCGUUAGUCGUGAACAUUGUUGAGAUACCGAACAGUGUUAUUAAAAUUGGAGAUAGAGGCUCAUGCACCAUCCAAGUCUCAUUGCGUUCACCAUUCCUAAGCUCCAAACAGAUUCCCACCUUGAAGAUCCAAUUUAGUUCUGGUGGAGGAUUUAACGGAUUACGUUUGAAGUUACCAAUCUUUUUAACAAAGUUUAUCCAUCCAAGUGAAUUGGCAUUGCCUGUUUGGUUGAAGCAUUGGAAAACAAUGGAUGUUGUCGAUGAAGCUUCAACAAUUAUAGACAUGAAGAACGUUGAAAGGGAUUGGAUUGAAAGAUUCUUAAACAAGAUUGGAUUUGCACUUGUGGAUCAAGGAAGUUUCAUAUUCUCGAGUGGUAUCUUGAAUACAACACAGGAGAAAUUUGGAACUCUUGUCAAGGUGAAGCUCAUGGAGGACUGUUUUGAGCUUAACGUUAGAGUAACGAAACAAGGAUUGGCACCAUUGGUGAGUGAUUACAUAGUUGAUUUUUUGAAGAACGUAUAGACACGUAUUGAAGAGAUUAUGUUAUAUUAUAUAUUUAUAUGAAUGUAUCACAUCAUGCCAUAUGU